UCCACCCCACACGGUCAAGAACUGACGUUCCACCUUGAAAACAUUUCAGAAAUAUCACCCUCGAUACUUUUCUUUAUCCUCUAUGGAAGUGGAAACGGGCUGAAAAAAUACCUUAUUGAAUUCUACGUUCGAGAAUACCUUUCAUUGGCUCAUGUGUCUUGCUUUUAUUAAGCGAGCGUCAUAAAUCGGGGUUAUGUCGAGCGAGGAGAGUUAUUUAGCCAUCCAGCGCUAUUUGACCAAUGAACGGGAGCCUUACGCACCGGGCACGCACGGCAACACCAAGAGAAAGAUCCGAAAAGCAGCCGCAUGUUAUAUAGUGCGCAAUGGUAUUCUUUAUUAUCAGAGGCGGCAGAAAGGCCUGGACGAAUUCACGGAGUUGGAAGUUGUGCUGCAGGCCGAGAGGCGGAAGGAACUGAUCACGGAGGCGCACAUCACGUCCGGAGGGGAACACCUCAACCAGCAGCAGACAUGGGAGAUCAUCUCCCAGAAAUACUGGUGGAGAGGUGUGCUAAAGCAGGUGAAGGAUUGCAUCAGGGAAUGCAGUCAUUGCCAAAGCAAGCAAGAGAGGGCCAGAGGCAAUUCUGAGGAUACCACGAAACAUGCAGCUGCCCGACAAGCGAGACGAAAAACAUCUGGUGACGACGGGGAUGAUGAGGAAAAUUAUGAUUUUGAUGAGGAACCUUCCAGUGGAGCUGAUAAACACGAACUGGUGGACUGUAAUGGAGUUGUCAAGCAGUUUUUACAAAAGCAUGGACAGACCAUGCUGGACAAGCUGAAUCAGCAGCGACUCAAUAACGAGUUCUGUGAUAUCACCCUGCUCAUUGAGGGCGAGGAGCACCGUGCGCAUAAAGCUGUCCUGGCCUCCUGCAGUGAAUACUUCUACGAGCUCUUUGUGGAGAAGUGUGCUGUGGCCAGUCAUGAAGCUGUGGUUGAUCUCUCUGGCUUCAGUAAAGCUAGUUUUUUGCCAUUACUGGAUUUUGCCUACACCUCCAAUCUGACAUUUAACUUUUGCGUGAUGGCGGAGUUGGCCACACUGGCACGGCACCUAUUGAUGGCUGAAGUACUUCAGAUCUGUGAGUCUGUGCACAAAAAAGUGGAGGCGCAGAAGCUGACACUCUACCAGAGAGGAGACGCCCACACUGUGCUGACCAGCCAGUCUCCUCAGCCCUCUCAGCCAAUCACAUCCACCAAUUCUGAAAACUAUGUGGUACCUAUGCAGAGUGAAGGCCAGGCUGUUGUUGCUCAUGUAGAGCCAUCUGAGGCAGGACAGUCACUGGCUGUAAUCACAAGUGAAGAAGUGACAGCCGAAUCACUGGCAUUGCUUGCUGGUGCAACCUUAGAUGGAGAGACAAUGACUGUAGUUACUCACAGUGGACAGGCUGGCUCAGCUGAGUCUCUCGCUAUGGUGGCCCAAAGUGGCCAUGCAGAGGUGGGUGAGACCAUGACUUUGGUCACUCACUCUGGGCAGGGAGGUUCAGGAGAGUCCCUGACUGUAGUUCAGGCCUGCUGGUCUGUGGAAGAGCCACAGGUUGGUGACACUCCAGUUGUAGAAAGCAUACAACCAGGAGCAUUUCUCAUUAGUGUGGAUCCUGGCAAAGCAGGCUCUUCUGAGGUUGUGCAUUUAGCCGCAGCAAUGCCACCUGCUGUUCAGGCUGAGUCCCAGACUGCAGAGCCAACACGCAAUCCUGAUUUGGUGGCACCACCACAGCCAGCCCCUGCGCCACACAAACGGAGGCCAGGAAGACCACCUAAAGUGAAGCAACAGGAACCACCUCUUCUACCCCCUCCAGAGGAGGAACCUGUGGAGAUGGAGGAAGUAGAGGAUGGAUCAGCUGCAGAUGAAGAGAAAAAAGAGGAGAUGGAAAGCAUUUUUCCCAACAGGAGGCACCUGAGGAAACGGUCUAUGAAGGAAGGAGGGUAUGUUCGUCUUCAUAUGGGGCUUGAAACUGAGGAGGAAGAGAACAGCACCUCGCCCACUAUGAAGACACCUCAAAGAUUUGCCAAGAGAGGCCUAGUGGUUCAGUCUGUGAAGAAGAUUCCAGGUGAGUUUUCAGAGACAAACUUUGACUUAGCUCCUGAUGGAGAAGAAACUGCAGCAGAGCAACCGGAGUCUGGUGCAGCCCAGCCAGAGUCUGUAGAGGAGGAGACAUUGCAGGGAGACCCAGGAGGAGCUGUGGAGGGAGAACACACGUGUAAUGAGUGUGGCAUGGUGUUCCAGAGACGUUAUGCCCUCAUUAUGCACGCUCUGAAACACGAGAAGGCUUGCAGCUUCAAGUGCAGUAUUUGCAAUAAGGAGUUCCAGUAUGCAGCCUCGCUCCGUGCACAUUUGGCUCGGCACAAGCAUCAGAAUACAAAGAGAGCCAGUAUGACAGGAGCCUCUGAAGAUCCUCAGGCGUCAGAAGAUCAGGCAAAGUACCGCACCAAGCGGGAGUUUGUGUGUGACAUUUGUGGCAAGACACUGCCCAAGCUUUACUCCCUCCGCAUACAUAUGCUAAGCCACACGGGGGUGAGGCCGCACUCCUGCAAGGUCUGCGGGAAGAGCUUCGCUACCAAGCACAACCUGAAGAUGCACUGGGCGCUGCACGACUCCUUUAAGAGAUUUCCGUGCACUGUCUGUGAAAAGUCUUUCGUUACCAAGAGAAGCCUGGAGGAGCAUACAAGCAUUCACACAGGUGAAUCAAAAUACUUGUGCACAACCUGUGGAGCGUCCUUUCACCGUGCUUCUGGAUUGAGCAAACACCUCAAGAAACAUCUACCCAAACCAGAAAUCCGCUCAUUCCACUGUUCUCACUGUGAUAAGAGUUUCUUUGAAGCGAAAGACCUGCAGCAGCACAUGAAUAAGCACUUAGGACUGAAGCCCUUCCAGUGCCAGGUCUGUGGGAAAUGCUACAGCUGGAAGAAAGACUGGUACUCCCACGUCAAAUCACACACUGUUGCAGAGCCCUACAGGUGUAAUGUGUGUGGGAAGGAGUUCUUUGAGAAGGCCCUGUUCAGACGGCAUGUCAAGAAAGCCACUCAUGGAAAGAAGGGCAGAAUAAAGCAGAACUUGGAGAGGGAAUGUGAACACUGUGGGAGGAAGUUCACACAGCUCAGAGAGUACCGCCGGCACAUAAACAAUCACCAGGGAGUGAAGCCCUUUGAGUGUUUGACAUGUGGCGUGGCAUGGGCUGAUGCCCGUUCACUGAAGCGCCAUGUUCGCACUCACACAGGAGAGCGCCCUUAUGUGUGCCCAUUGUGCCAUGAGGCCCACAUAGAUGCCCGAACACUGCGGAAGCACAUCACCAAGUUCCAUGGUGACCAGUUGCCCGGCAAGAUCAUGCUGGAGAAGGACACUCUGCAGUUCCAUAAUCAAGGCACGCAGGUCGAGCACGCCGUCAGCAUCCUCAAUCCAGAGCUUCCCCCUGAACUCCAACCUCCACAGCCUCCCCCCACAGAGGAAAUAGAGACCGUGCUCAUCACUGAAGAAACUGUGGAGGCCGUGCAGGCUUUGACAGAAGCCACUGUCACCACAUUGUCAGAUCAGAAUAUUAUGCAGGUGGUGAAUUAUGUCUUGGCACAGCAGGCGUCAGUCAAGGUAGAUGAGGCACCAGAGAUCAUCCAGACCAUGGAAGUGGAGGUGGCACAUGUGGCAGAGGUGGAGUGAUAAACUAUUACUUGCAUAUAUGUGGAUGGAUGUUUUGUGGAUUGGCUCCCUAGCCUCUAAGGGUGAUUGCAUUGUCCCACUGAGCCUGACCUGACAGUAAAAGUAAUAUGACUGGAUGUAAGGGCAGGCUUAUUCUUUUUUGUGUCUUGUCAUUUGAACCCUAUGAAAUGUAUAAAAGUGCUCAUUUAUUUGUAUUGUAAAAUGUAAUUUAAAUUCCACUCAAAGAACCCGCCUCAGCUGGAGUGAGUGAGUGAGUGAGUGAGUGAGUGAGUGAGUGAGUGAGUGAGUGAGUGAGUGAGUGAGUGCACGUGCAUCUGUGCAUGAUGUGGAUACAAGAAUGUGCUCGACUUGCAUUAUGGUAAACUUGUGUGUACAUAAACAUAUGAUGAAAUUGCAUUGUAAUACUCACAAUCAAGCAUAAAACAAACCAUCCAGUGUAAACGUUUGUCUUUUUGUUACCAGUUUAAAUUUUCUAUGUAUUUUCUGAGUGGGACAUUUUUUUUUUUUUCCUUUGUAAAACUGAUAUAUAGGCUCUUAGAUGCCUAGCAAAGGGGCUAUAGGCUAUUUAUCUCUGGUCCAGUGUGGUACCACUUUUUCCCAGCUGAGUACAAUGUAUAGCAGCAAAAAUGACAACCAAAUAAAUAAAACAAAUUCUC